UCGAUUAUCACUUCCAAAGAUCAAGAACUGUUCUCGUUGCGUGAAGAACUGGAACGAGCACAUAUUGAAACUGAGAAGCUGAAAAAUCAAAACGAAUCCAGAGCGGCUGAAUCCGAAUCGUUGGCAAAGCAGUUGCUAGCACUGCAGGAAAAUACGAAGGAAUUGAUGGAUCGGGUUUCGCAAGGCGAAGAUGGGUCGAAAACAGCAAUUGAACAGCUCAAAGGGGAAAAUCAAAAGCUCCAAGAAGAAAUUGGCCAACUUACGGCAUCGUUCAGAGAGGAGAAGGACGGCCUUUUGGCAAAGGCUAAUGAGCAGGAGAAGCUGUUCCGAGAAGAAAGGAAAAGUGCAGCUGAUAAGCUGAAGAAGGUUGAACAUCAGAAGGAAACUCUUGAACGACGUCUAAGGGAAGCUGAGGACGAUGUCAAUCGGAAAGGUUACGCUAAAUUCGCGGAACGAUUUGUCGAGAUGGAGAAGGAAAUUGAAGACGAUCGACGGACAGCGAAUGAGAGGAUAAAUAAGCUGAAAGAAAUUGUCCGUUUGAAAGAAGCGAGCGUGUUAGAAGCACGUAAACAACUGGAAGAGUUGUCCACCCAGCUAAGUGAUAAAAAUCGUCUUCUUCGCGAAAAAGAGCACCAAAUAGAAGAGAGCCGUCGUAAAAUAGAGGAGUCGGUCAACCAUAUAGCAGAAGCCGAAGCGAAAGCGAGGAAAAUUGGUAGCGAGUCAGAGCUCUCUCAAAGUGAGGCUCAGCGAUUGGCUGUAACGGAUUCGGAAUCCGAUUUGCGUUCCCAACUCAGCGAUAACGAAGCCCUUCUUGUUUCGUUCAAACAGCAAGUGGAAAAGCUAACUGCUGAGUUAACUUCGAAAGAGCAGGCGCUGCGAGAUGCUGUCAGCGAAGCUAAUGAAAAAGAGGAACACUGGAAAAGAAAGCGAGAGGAAUUCGAGCAGCAGUUGGAGAGGAAUCAUGAACAUAACGAGGAGUUGCUGUCCACCACCAAACAAUUGCAACUUUCCUUAGAAAAGGAAAAGAAUGAAAAUGCUUCUCUACAGACAAGGAAUGCUCAACUGGAUCUUUCACUCAACGAAACAUUGAAACGAGUUUCUGAGCUUGAUGUUGAGUUGGAAGAGCUCCGUAAAACAACAGAGACCCUAACACAAACUGUGGGAACUCAGGUGAGAAGGAGCAAAUGGCCGAGGAAGAAAAUUCGUCAUGAAGCAACGCAGAAAAAGUACGAAGAAGAAACUAUCCUGUUGAGGUCUGUGGAAAAUGCUCUGGCUGAUGCCAAAAUCGAACUGGAUACUGCACAAAAGAACUUUGAGUCUCGACAGGCUGAGUUGGAAUCAUUAGUACAGCAAUUAGAAACUGACAAGGCAAACCUGAUAUCUGAUCGUGACGCUAAAGACGAUGCA